AUGCAUCGUAAUCCGGGCCACAUUAACGUUGCCGACAAAAAUUUGGAUACUAAUAAUGUUUGUCCAGACGGUUUGGACGAAACAGUAACGGAUGUUAUUCGUUGUAAGUGCGAAGGAAUUUACAAAUUGGAUCCUGCUACAAAUACAUGCGUACUAAAACCUGUAUGUAGCGAGGGCGCACCGGGCUACAUUGACUGUAAAUCAAGAAAUGCCUACUGUUACUACGAAAAAGUGGACGGCACAAAUAACGAGCUUGAAUAUAAUUGCACAUGCCGGGAUGGUACCGAAGAAAUCAGCGAUGGUAGUCAUCGAUGUGUCAAUAAGUGUGACAUUGAUUACGAUGAUAAUGGUAUAACGGGAAAUGUGAAAUGUCGAUCGCGCAACGCACUAGGGUGCAAUCCAUUAAGAUUAAUAGAAAUUGCCACUGUAGAUUAUUGCGACUGUGAUAUAGGGUACACGUGGGACUCGAAAGAUAAAAUGUGCUUGGUAGCGGCAAAAUCGGGUACAUUUACGUUGACAUUUAAGCCCAUAACCAAAAUGGACGAGGGAUUAGAGAAAGUUAAAAAUGUGUUUACCAUUGAUGAUCGCGCUCAGUUGAACGCCAUGUUUAAAUACGUCGGAAUAUCAGGUUCAUUUCAGACGGAAUACAACAGUGCUGUCAAACAGAAUCAAAUUGUACGCGAUGCUAUUAGCGUGGAAUAUAGGAAUCGUACCGCGGCCAAUUUUAUCACUAACCAAUUAAGCAAAUUUCUAGUUACUGAUGUAGACAACGCUAUGGUUACACAGUGUGAACUGGUACAAUCAGAAUCGUACGGUUGCGAAUCGAAUAAAUCUGUAUGUGAUUUGUGGUCGGACUGUAUACCUGACACCGAUCCCUCACUGUAUAAAUGCGUAUGUAACCCGGCAUAUUUUACUGCAACUGGUUCCCAAGAAGUACCUACCUCGGAUAAUACAAAAUCAAUUUACAAGGAAAAAUGCGCAAGUACACUAUGCGACGAUUGCCAUAAGAUAUCCGAUGCCCAAUGCAUACAGGCGCUACCAGUGUACGACACUGACAAACAAACAUGGACAGCAAAUGUUAGUUGCGCGUGCGAGGAUCAAUUUAAAAUUGAGGGCCAUAAAUGUGUCGGUGUUUGCGACGGUAUUCAGUGUAAUGAAGGUAAGAGUGCGGUCGCCUGCAAGUGCAAUGAGGGCUGGUAUGGUGACAAUUGCGACAAAAAGAUAUCGGUGUCCGACGAGCCGGCACUGGGAGGUUGGAUCGCCGGGGUUAGCGUAUUAGCCGUGGUGUGCAUUAUGUUGGUGGUGGUGGCUUUUAUUUUCUAUAAAAAGUACGUUGAUCAGUAUAUGUCUAAGAAAGUGAAACACAGAGACAAUAAUAGUGUCCAACAAAUGAACGACUAUUCAAACACAUCAUACAGAGUGGGCCAACACAAUGGCAAUAAUAACGACGGCUUUAAUCGAGAUUAGUAAUGCACCCUCGUCAU